AUGCCUGCGAAUAAAUCGCCCGCAGCUGACAAGAUUCCUAUGAAACUUUUUCAUGACUGUCUGUCCAACAUUUCCUCUCCAUUGACAGAUAUUAUAAACCAGUCAUUUGAAACAUCAGUGUUUCCAGAGGACUGGAAAUACACGGUAGUUGUACCUCAUCUCAAGGAAGGGGACCAUGAAGAUGCCAGAAACAAUCGUCCAAUAUCACUUUCACAAUCUGCUUCUAAGAUAUGUGAGAGAAUUGCCUUAAAUCAAUUUAUGAAUUACUUGGAUGCAAAUGACUUACUCACAAAUCACCAGAGUGGGAACAAAAAAUAUAACUCAACAGAAACGCUGAAUAUCCAUGUUACUGAUUUUAUACUUAAAGCUAUGGAUAAAAAACAGAUGACCGUGCUAGUCCUGUUGGAUCUAAGUAAGGCUUAUGAUAGUAUAAACCAUGAUUUACUUUUUGGCAAACUCAGAAGCCUAGGAGUAUCGCCAUCAGCACUUAGAUGGUUUUAUAGUUAUCUAACAGGCAGGAGACAAGCCGUACGCAUUGGAUCAACUUUGUCCAGUAAGCUACCGAUAAAAAAUGGGGUUCCACAAGGUUCAAUUCUUGGACCUAUCUUGUUCAGCUUGUAUAUUAAUGACUUACCUACUGUUGCACAGCACUGUAACAUUGAAUCGUAUGUGGAUGAUUCCAAACUAUUUUUGGCUUUCUCCUUAAACGAAUUAGAUGAUGCUGUAACCAAAGUUAACCGGGAUCUUAAGUUGACCUUUGAAUGGUGUUGCACCAACUACCUACUUAUCAAUCCUACUAAGACAAAGGUAAUGGUAUUUGGAGUACCCCAACUUGUUUCCAAGUUACCUCAGGAUAUAACAUUUACUCUAAUGGACAAACAACUUACAAUUUCAUCAAAUGCGAAAGACCUUGGUGUCACAUUGGACCCAUAUCUGAACUAUAACGAUCAUGUAGCUAACGUAGUGUCCUCUUGUAUGAGCGCAUUGGUACAAAUAAACAGAGUUCGCCACCUAUUUAAGCGUGAAGUUUUAAUCAAAAUCAUAAAUUGUUUGGUAUUCAGUAAAUUAUAUUACUGUUCUUCAGUGUGGGCAUCAACAUCUGAAACGAAUAUUGGAAAGCUUCAGUGUGUUCAAAAUUUCGCUGCUAGGAUAGUAACUGGAACGAAAAAGUUUGAACAUAUUACUCCCAUUUUAAAAGACCUGAAGUGGCUGCCGGUUGCAAUGGAACUUUAUAUUAGGGAUGCUGUCAUGACAUUUAAAUGUGUAAAUGAUCUUGCGCCAUCUUAUCUGUGUGGGAAAUUGAAUAAAAGACAACAAAUAAGUGGUCGUAUAACCAGACAAUCAAAUGACUUUCAGAUACCCAAAUGCAGAACUGCAACAGGGCAGAAGUCUUUUGAGUAUCGCUCUGUAUCUAUUUGGAAUUCGCUCAGCCCAACUGCCAAACAGUUGUCCUCAAUUAAACAUUUUAAACAUUAUCUUAAGAAACAUUUUCUUAAUAUAUUUUUAAAAAGUACCUAG